AUGGACCGUGAGCCCCUGGUAUCUGAACCGCAAAGCCGUGCUUAUCCUUCUCCGCGAGUGGUCACCUUUGCAGCCGUGGUCAGUUCUGGAUGUUUGCUAAGUAUAUUGGCUUGGGUUUGUUGGAGCAGCCGGCUGUCGCUCAGUGGGCGAAGUACUUCUGAGUUUCUAGCAGCUCGCACUGGUCCACGCCAGCUCGGCAAGAACGAGCUGCAUGUUGCAACUGUCAAGGAAGAAGUGAAAGACCUCUUCAAUCCAGCUGUUUGUGCUGGUCAAUCAUUGCAGGCCGCUAUGACCUUGGCAGGCUUGUCCAUCAAGGUGGCUGGUGCCAUGAAGAGUGCAACGCCUACUGGUAUGAUCAUGAAACUGCAGUUUUUCCCGACUGGUAUCCAUUUGACACUCGGAGGCUAUCACAGAAACCCGGCCACCUGGAGAAACUCAAGAGGCAUUCAAAAAGCCUUGAUCCAAGCUGCCGGCGUUUCCAGAGCUUCAGAAGGCCAGGGAGCAAUUGCAACAAUUGACCCUCUCCACAAGCAUGACACAGUCCUUUGA